UAACUUCCGUUUGAGUCUGACGAACUCAUUUGGCAACUUGACCACAUCUCAACAUAGUGUUCAACGCCUCACUAUCUUCACGUCAACGUUCUUCAAUUUGAAUACAGUCUGUUAGUUACAGAACUAAAAUCUGUCAUUGUAACGUUAGCUUUCAUAACGAACAGACAUUGUCUAUCACUGACGGUCGACUCCUGUUCUUCAUAUUUUAAAGCUAGCUAACGGUAGUGUUAGCCAGCAGCUCCAGGGAUGGCGGAGGUUCCCGGGACAUCGAGUGAGACGAUAACGGAGACUGUUCAGACGAGCACACCGCCGCCGCCCCAGCAGGAGGGACGAAGCCUGACAAUCAAGCUGAGGAAGAGGAAGACUGAGAAGAAGGUGGAGUGGUCCAGUGACACCGUCGACAACGAGCACCUCGGGAGAAGGUCUUCAAAAUGCUGCUGUAUUUAUGAGAAGCCCCGGCAGUUUGGAGAGUCGUCCUCUGAAAGCGAGGGAGACGAUGAUGAUGAAGGGUGCGGCAGUGCUCACUGUAUCCUGGGCCACGACAGGAGAGGCCCUGGACAGAGGGGGGGUGGAGGGACCACAGGGCCCCCAAACUCUGGAGGGUCACACAACCACUAGUGAGCCAUCAGGCUGAAUGUGGGCUCUGAGGGGUUUCUCACCAUGACAACGACUGCACUCUUCUUUUUUUUUUUUUGUUUGUUUGUUUGGUUCCAUCACUGAAGUACAGGUAGGAGUCAGCAGCUGGAGCAGGAUUACUGCCGCUCUGUACUUCACAGAGCUACAUGGAUUGUUGAAUGAGCCUAAUUCUUUCUACAGAUAAAAGCAUGCUCAGUAUUGUGCCAACUGACAUGCGUCACAUGGAAUGAUGACUACAAGUUCACAUUUACAAUGUCUUAAAGGAGACAUGCGGUAGUGAUUGUUGCAUGUUUUAGCCCGUUUACUACGGAUCACACACGGUGUGCAUCACUGUACAUCACCGCUGAGCAUUCUCCAAAGCAGCUAGCAAAAUGGUAGCAUUAGCAAUGCUUUCCUAUUUCCUAUUUAAUUCACUAUGCUAUGACAAUAAACCGAGGUUUGUGAUCCAUCACAGUGAACAUCACGGCUGCUUUUAUUUCUGUCCGAGUUGUUAUGCCGAUAUGCAAUUAAGUUUUCAACUGAUGACUUUUUCGUAAUUGCUUAAUCUACUUUAAUUGUUCUCAAGUAAUGGAGUAGUGAACUGAGUGCAUCUCUCUAUUCAGGACUCUGGGUGAUGAACAUUCACUUUGUCUGGAACCAGUGAGGGUGUGACAUCUUUAAGAGAACCUGUGCAGAUUCAUUCUGUCAACCUACCGAAUGACACAUGGACAAAUCAGGACAGCUCUAUUAAAGAUUUGUUCCAUUUUAUCAAAAUGUCAGAAAAGCUUUAGAGCUAUAAGUUGACAUCUUAAUGUGGCUUGUUCUGUCCAAAAACCCAAAUAUAUUCCCUUCACAAUUAUAUGCUCAAGUAUUAUUAUUCUGGCGGAUUUAGCUGAUUACAUUUCUUUUUUGUCUUUUUUAUUUAUUUAUUUAUUUAUUUUUUACCCAAAACAUCAGCCUGCACUUAGACCUGCGUUACCCCCCCCCCCCCCCUAAACUCUUCCAACAAUAAAACAGGAAAUGAUGGAUUACAAGUUGUUACUGCCUGGGAGUCAGGACGAAGGGAAUCAAAACCCUAGUUAUCAUGCUUUGGAAAAUUGUCGGCAGCAGUAAUGUAAACAAAAUGUGAUGUCAUAAAUGAGCCAAAACAUGUGAAGUCACUGCUGUGUGGUGUAGUGAUGUCACCAGGUCAGAAGACAACAUGCAUCCUUCUGUCUCCUCAACACAUACAACAUGAUGGAUGCUGUUCAGCCCUUCAACAUGCAGUGCUGAUCAAAGCACUGGACUGUACCAUGUUUGAGCCCGUUUACUACCAGUCACAUUGGUCAUCUUCACAUAGCUGCAGACCAUGCGACUGUCUCUAGAAGUCAGAUUGGCAUCCUGUAGGAGAACGAGUGGACUUCAAUGGCUACAACGGGUUGGAGUGCUUUGGAUCCGCAGUAAUAUAAAGAGCUUGUGAUUUUGUCAUGAAUGAACUGAAACAUAUAGAGCACUACAUGUUAUCCCAUCUCUGCGGAGUUCAGACAUCUUUGCCCAGACAGUUGUAACUCCAGCAGGACAUGCUGGAGCUCAGCGUGCAGGUGGGCCAUUCAAUGCUGAGGUUAUGUAUGAAUACAACACUUUGCUUUUUAUUCUUCAUUUAUUGCUGGACUUCAUUGUAAACAUGCUAACACUUGAUAUGCAGUCGACCUCAGUCCGUGUAGUAACAUUGCAAUCACAGACCAUUCUGUGAGAUUUAGACGUUCUCCCUCUUGUUUAGUUGAGUGAGUGCUGUCUGUUUCUGGUUUAAAGUUUAGUGACGGAUGCUGACGGAGCAUAUUGCAUAAGACUGAUUAUAUUAUGAUGGUAUGAUCUGUAGGACUACGUGAUCAGGGCCCUGUUCUUCAUAUGUGGAGGACUUCAUUAACUUGAUCAGUGAAACUACAUAUGGAGGCCGUGGGUCUGGGUAGCCAUGAGACCAGUCAGACUUGUAGCGCUGCCUCCUCAAAUUACAGAUCCUUGUUGAUGAUGAGACCUCACUGAUGGAGUGUUGGUGUCUGUCACUUUAAAACCCUCUGCUGCUUUCAUUGCUCGAUCUUUAGAUGAAUCCAUUGUAUCCACUGGACAAUCCUAGAAACAACGACUUUUAGUUUAUUUGGUUGCACAGGGUGGUAGUGAGUGAAGUCAGGUGGGAGAUGGGGGUCGGUGACCACACCAGUGGGGACAGCUGUUCUGUUAAGUCAUCGUUUGACUCUGCACUCGAUUUAAAGACUGAGGCUAUGUGUGCGCUGCAGGAUGACUGACUGCUGUUUAAUGCGGUGAGGUAACUGGAUACAGACACAGUGUUCAGUGAUCAGAGUUCUUCUCAACAGUGGAGGUGCAUGACUGCUGCCUCAGGCUUUGUACUCAUGUCUCAGCUAUGACCAAAACAUACCGGAUACAGACUCCAUCAUCACCCUCAUCCUCUGCAGUUUCCUGCCAUGUUUAAUAUGUAACAGAAGUGUGAAGCACACCACGCUCUGUGCCAUCUCUUCACGUUGACAUUGUUACAGAUGUACAUUGUUCUUGUACUGGUACUGCACCUUUCUGUAUAUACUAUUAAGCAUAAUGAAAGCAGGUUUCAUGUGAAUUAAAGUUUUAAACUGAU